CCAUGAGGGGCCAGCAUGUCUCUGCCUGGGCCCUGGCCCGUUGUCGGGCUGGCUCAGCUCCAGGCUCUGCCCCGUCCCUCCCCUGCUCUGACGCCGCCUGUCCCGCCCCUGCGGGAAGUGCUGACUCGGCAGCGAGGGCCAGGCCUGGCAGGGGUGCAGCUGCUGGUGCCCGUCACAGCCAUGGCCGUCGGGCGCGGGCUGGGCAGGGCCUGGGCUGGCUGCAGCCGGCAGGGCCGGAGGCUGGCUCACGCCGGGGCCAGGGGCCAGCUGCAGCGGGAGUACGACGCCGUGGUGAUAGGGGGAGGGCACAACGGGCUGGUUGCAGCUGCCUACCUGCAGAAGUCGGGCGUGCGGACAGCUGUGCUGGAGAGGCGUCACCUUCUGGGAGGCGCUGCGGUCACAGAGGAGAUUGUCCCAGGCUUUAAGUUUUCCAGAGCAUCCUACCUGCUCAGCCUCCUGCGGCCGCAGAUCUCCACGGAGCUGGAGCUGCAGCGGCAUGGUCUGAGGGUCUACGCCCGUGACCCCUACUCCUUCACCCCCAUGCUGGAGGAUGGGCAAGCCCGGCGCUCGCUCCUGCUGGGCCACGACAUGGCGGACACCCAGCGGCAGAUCGCUCAGUUCUCCUCCAAGGAUGCACAGGCCUAUCCAAAGUACGAGGCGUUCCUGAGCCGCUUGGUGUCGGCCCUUGACCCGCUGCUGGAUGCCGCGCCGGUGGACCCCUCUGCCUGGAGCCAGGGCCCCCUGCUGCAGCGGCUCCGCGCCCUGCGAGGCCUGCAGCCCCUGCUGCGGGCGGGCCUGGCGCUGGGGAAGCAGCUGCCCCAGUGUUACCAAGUGCUCACGGCCCCAAUCACCAGGAUCUUGGAUCUCUGGUUCGAGUCGGAGCCCCUGAAAGCGACCCUGGCUACGGAUGCAGUGAUCGGCGCCAUGGCCAGUCCCCACACGCCCGGCAGCGGGUACGUGUUGCUGCACCACGUGAUGGGCGAGCUGGAGGGGCAGAAGGGGGCCUGGGGCUACGUGGCAGGCGGCAUGGGAGGGGUGUCCCAGGCCAUCGCCAGCGCAGCUGCUGCCCACGGGACAGACAUCUUCACCGAGAAGCCGGUCGCCCGCGUGCUGCUGGGCCCCCGUGGGGAGGCGCAGGGUGUCGUCCUGCAGGACGGGACCGAGGUGAAGAGCAAACUGGUUCUGUCCAACGCGUCCGCUCAGCUCACGUUCCUGCAGCUCGUUCCCCAGGGGCAGCUGCCGGAGGAGUUCCUCCAGCGAGUGGCACAGUUCGACACACGCUCCCCCGUCACCAAGAUCAACGUGGCUGUGGAUCGGCUGCCCAGCUUCGUGGCUGCGCCCAACGCCGGUGAUGGCCGCCCGCUGCCCCAUCACCAAUGCUCCAUCCACCUGAACUGCGAGGACACGCACCUCCUCCACCGUGCCUUCCAGGAGGCCAGCAGUGGGGAGCCGUCCACCAGGCCCAUGAUCGAGCUGUGCAUCCCCUCUGCUCUGGACCCUACGCUGGCUCCCCCGGGCUGCCAUGUGGUCUCUCUCUUCACGCAGUACACCCCAUACGCGCUGGCAGGCGGGCGGCCAUGGGACGAGCAGGAGCAGAACGCGUACGCCGACAGGGUGUUUGACUGGGUCGAGGCCUACGCGCCAGGCUUCAAGGCGUCCGUCAUCGGCAGAGACAUCCUAACACCGCCGGCUUUGGAGAAGAUCUUUGGGCUGCCCGGAGGGAAUAUAUUCCACGGUGCGAUGUCUCUGGACCAGCUGUAUUUUGCCCGACCUGUGCCCUCGUACUCUGGCUACAGGUCCCCGAUCCCAGGCCUGUACCUCUGUGGCAGCGGUGCCCACCCCGGUGGGGGAGUGAUGGGCGCUCCAGGCCGCAACGCAGCCAGCGUGGCCCUCAAGGACUUCAAGCACGUGUGAUGGCAGAGGUGACGCACCAGCCUAGCCCAGGGAAACGGAUGGUGGCUGUCGUGACCUGGCCAUGCGGGUGCCUCUCACCACCCCCCACACACCCCACAGCAUGGUGCUGUUAGAGCGAGCCCUGCCCUGGGGCUGCUGCCUCCCCCCCGCCCCCGUGCUCUGAGUGUUUGCACCGUUGCUCUUACCUGUCUCUGGCAUGGUAACCGGGGCGUGUGGGGCUGGCAGAGCCCUGUCUGCUCCUAGCCCAUCCUGCCCUGGCAGUGCUUGUCCCAGCGCACACGCCGCAGAGCCCAGGGGAUCAAGCCCCGUCCCAGAGCUGCCCACAGAGGGCUGUUGGCAGGGGCAGGUCUAGCUCUGCCUGGAGAGGGACACUGGCCAACCCUUUCUAGUGUAGACAAGGCCCAGGGCAGACUGAGCCCUUGCCUGCUCUCCUAGAACCGCCAGGCACAGCACUGGCCAGGGUCACUCAUCCUUGCCCCUGAGCUAAGCUGAAGUCUGGACCAUGUUACACAUGUUCUCAGUCAGCAGCAGAAUAAAAAUCCCAACAGCUGCCACGCUUGUCGUGUCAUGUCAUGCCAUGCCAUAGAAUCAUGGAAGAUUAGGGUUGGAAGGGACCUCAGGAGGUCAUCGAGCCCAACCCCCUGCUCAAAGCAGGACCAAUCCCCAACUAAAUCAGCCCAGUCAGGGCUUUGUCAAGCUGGGCCUUAAAAACCUCUAAGGAAGGAGAUUCCACCCCCUCCCUAGGUAACCCAUUCCAGCACUUCACCACCCUCCUAGUGAAAGAGUUUUUCCUAAUAUCCAAGUUAGACCUCCCCCACUGCAGCUUGAGACCAUUGCUCCUUGGUCUGUCAUCUGCUACCACUGAGAACAGCCGAGCUCUACGCACUCCCUAUCCGUGGCCCCACAAAGUCACGGGACCUCCUGGUCAACCUCCUCCUGGCCCUGGCUAAAAUGGCCAUCUAUAAAACCAGAGUGAGGAGGUUGGCCAAUGGAGACUCCUGUGACUGUGGGGCCUGUUUCCAAUCCUCAGUCCGUUCACGUAUCCAGGCAGCGUCCACUGGCUCCCUUGACGCCUUUGAGGAGCAGUGGGCGCUGUCCAGGGUUCUCUGCUCAGUGUCCCCGUCAGGCUCCCUUCUUUUGACCCUUUGACCGCACUCCUGUCCCUGUUAUUUCAUUAGUUGUCCCCCGGAAUCAUUUGGUUUCCAGGUCCUGUAGAUCUUCCCCUUAGGCUGGGGCGGGGCGGGGGGCGGUCCUUAAGCAGUGGGCUCCCGCCUGCUCACUUCCCGGAACCCAAUAGGUCCAUCCUCUUCGGAACCCCCCUUCAGGUAGUUGAAAGCAGCUAUCAAAUCCCCCCUCACUCUUCUCUUCUGCAGACUAAACAAUCCCAGUUCCCUCAGCCUCUCCUCAUAAAUCAUGUGUUCCGGUCCCCUAAUCAUUUUCGUUGCCCUCCGCUGAACUCUCUCCAGUUUGUCCACAUCCUUUCUGUAGUGGGGGGCCCAAAACUGGACACAGUACUCCAGAUGAGGCCUCACCAGUGCCGAAUAGAGGGGAAUAAUCACAUCCCUCGAUCUGCUGGCAAUGCUCCUACUAAUGCAGCCCAAUAUGCUGUUAGCCUUCUUGGCAACAAGGGCACACUGCUGACUCAUAUCCAGCUUCUCGUCCACUGUCACCCCUAGGUCCUUUUCUGCAGAACUGCUGCCGAGCCAUUCGGUCCCUAGUCUGUAGCGGUGCAUGGGAUUCUUCCGUCCUAAGUGCAGGACUCUGCACUUGUCCUUGUUGAACCUCAUCAGAUUUCUUUUGGCCCAAUCCUCCAAUUUGUCUAGGUAUCCUAUCUCUACCCUCCAGCGUAUCUACCUCUCCCUGCAGCUUAGUGUCAUCUGUGAACUUGCUGAGGGUGCAAUCCAUCCUGUCAUCCAGAUCAUUAAUGAAGAUGUUGAACAAAACCGGCCCCAGGACCAACCCCUGGGGCACUCCGCUUGAUACCGACUGCCAACUAGACAUUGAGCCAUUGAUCACUACCCGUUGAGCCCGACAAUCUAGCCAGCUUUCUAUCCACCUUAUAGUCUAUUCAUCCAGCCCAUACUUCUUUAACUUGCUGGCAAGAAUACUGUGGGAGACAGUGUCAAAAGCUUUGCUAAAGUCAAGAUAUAUCACAUCCACCGCUUUCCCCAUAUCCACAGAGCCAGUUAUCUCAUCAUAGAAGGCAAUCAGGUUGGUCAGGCAUGACUUGCCCUUGGUGAAUCCAUGUUGACUGUUCCUGAUCACCUUCUGUGACAUUAUGAGUGUAAUAUAAUAUCUCAUUAAAAGGUGACAGGGCCAGAAAGAGUUAAUUAACUCCCAGACUGACCUGACCCCAGGCCGAACUUUAGAGGCUGGUUAGGAAGAGAUGGAAACAAAUAGAGCUUUGAAAUGCAGCCUGCAUUGUUAGAGAUAGAAGGGGAGAUGUUUGUUCAGGUCUUGUGAUGUCAGCAAAGAAGUCUUGUCUAUGGCUGUAGCUUUGAUUCAAAGAACAAAAGAGGAAUAUUAACAUUUAGGAAGACACUUGAGUGAAAUCGUAUUAUUGUCUAUAUGUCUCUUUGAAGGUUGUGAUAGCCUGUAUCUGAACGGUUUAAUGGAUAAAUUAUCCUGUGCUAAUUGCCAUGGUGUUUGGGAGAAGGAAAGUUAAGCCUAUUGUCUUCUCAGGCCAAAAGGCUGCAGGAAAUGUAUAAAAACCCUGGGACACGAUCCUUCCUCAUCUCAGAUCUGCUUUGGGUUUCAAGAGGGGAAAACCUUAAGCCACAAGGAUUGAGAUCCCCAGUUGCUGACUGGAGUCACCCUGAACAUGGACUUUGGACUAUAACCUCUGGACUAUUUCUAAAAGGACUUUUGGCCACUACAAACUCAUCUCUGCUGUGUAUCUGGACCUCAACAAUUGAACUCAAGUCUGUAUGUAUACUGAUCUUUUAACCAACACUCUCUUUCUUUUCUUUUUUUAAUAAAUUUUAGUUUAGUUAAUAAGAAUUGACUGUAAGCGUGUAUUUUGGGUAAGAUCUGAGUUAUCACUUGACCUGGUGUAACAAAGCUGGUUCUGGCGGGACCCAACUGAGAAUGCCAAUUCAGGACAAAUUGCUUAAAGCAGAAAGAAAAGGAGGACUUGUGGCACCUUAGAGACUAACAAAUUUAUUUGAGCACAAGCUUUCGUGAGCUACAGCUCACUUCAUCGGAUGCUUGAAGCAGGGCAGUUAUAGCCCAAGGCUGGGGUUUCUUUGCACACCAAGGAAAACCAAACCAGCCAAACAGAGAAGACUUCAGUUUUACCCCACUGGCUAACCACAAGUCACACAAGCAAUUCCCUUAGAGUCCAGUAUCCCCACAAGUGCCACUCAUUAUUUGGACAGAUGGUUAUGAAAACCAAUACCCCAAUAAAAGAAAAAAGGUUCUCUCAAUCCCAAAGGACCAAGCCCCAGACACAGGUCAAUAUACAAAUCAGAUCUUACCCACAAAUCACGCUAUUGCCAAUCCUUUAGAAUCUAAAAUCUAAAGGUUUAGUCAUAAAAGGAAAAAGCUAUAGAUGAGA